AUAAUCUCGGACAAAUUCAUGGUAAAUCCGAUCCCAGCAAGUAGUUCCGUCCGUCCCAUCAAAACCUCUUUUGGCAGCUGGGUAUCAAACAACAACAAACACAUCACCAUCCAGAAUACCUCGAUAAAUAUUCAAGAUGGCUGCGUUGGUCAAAGCUAUUAAUGCGAAGAUUCGUAGUAACCCUGCGGUUAGCUAUGUAUGUUCUACUCAUUUCUGGGGUCCAGUCUCCAACUUCGGUAUUCCUAUCGCCGCAGUAAUGGACACACAAAAGAGUCCUGAUUUGAUUUCGGGUAAAAUGACAUUGGCACUUUGCAUUUACUCCGCAACUUUCAUGCGCUACUCCCUCGCUGUCACACCACUUAACCCUCUUCUCUUUCUCUGCCACUUUGUAAACGAAGGCGCACAACUCACGCAGGGAUACAGAUGGAUGCAAUACCAUCAAUGGGGAGGCAAAGAGGCCGAAGCCAAGGCAAAGAUUGGAACUGGGGUAGAGGGUGUUAAGGAGAGUGUUGUGGAGGCUGUAAAGAAGGCUGAGGCAAAGGUAGAGAAGGCCGUUGGGAAAUAAAUCUGCGGCGUGGAAUUUGAGAGAGGGAUGAGGAAGGAGAGGAGAAUCGGUGAGGUGGAGAGGCGCUUUGCAACACUGUACUCGUACAUUGGGUUAUGGGCUUUGGGAGAUGCGGAUGCUGGAGUAUCAAAAUGAUAUCAGAGAGUGCGUGCGUGCGUUUGUGCAUUUAACCUAGAGGGGGCAAAGCAAUUCAAAAGAUGAAGACAGACAGACGGAUGAUGGAUGGAUGGAUGGAAUUUUUAAUGCAAUUACGAGCUGAUACCUAUUCAAUAAAAAGAUCACGAUUUUGCAUUUAUAAA